UUAUGAAAUAUCGAUUGGUUAUUAAAAUAUGAAAUAUACCCUUUUACUUACAUUCUGCGAUGUUUCGUUAAAAUAUGUCAUUGUUUAUUAAAUAGCACGAUUUGUUUAAAUGCAACGAUUACGAGCUAAAUAGCACAUUCUCAAAAUAAACUUUUAAACUAUCUUCAUUGGAUUUUUGAAAGCAGUUUCUUACUGCACUUUAGUCACGUUUUUUAAAAAUAUUUAGGACCGUGAUAAUGCCCUGUCUGACAGUAGGCUACUUAUAAGAUCUAACUCGGUAUUUUAAUUUCAGUGUUUCAGGAAGGAACAGGAAUAACACUCUGUCCUGCGUAACAGUAGUGCUUCUAUAAUUGUCUGGCAUUUCUUAUUUGGUGGUUUGAAGGGCGUGUAGUCUGGUCUCCCUUUUAUGUAGUUUAGUUGUCUCGUUUUAAAUGCUCCGUUACAAGACGCGAGUUGUAUGGGUUAAUUGACCGUCCUGUCUCAGCUGCAGGAACUAAUAGGGAGCACAGUGGGGUGGUUGUACGCUGCAGCGGAGGCGAUACCCUUUUGUGAUGAGGUCUAGCCAGAGCGGUCAGACGGCACUCAUAUCAGGACGAAACGACAUAAAGCGAAGAAUUAAAUGAACGACAACAAAAAAGUUUUUUUUAUUUAUCCCAACAGUCGCUGAAGGGAGAGGAGUGUGGACGUUUUAGAAGCGUAUUUUUCCGAGGUUGAAAAGAGAAGCCAGAGUAUGGAUUUGGGAAGAGAUUAUUAGGAAUACUGUGACCACACGAAGUUUUCCUUGAAUGAAGAAGAGUCAUUUAAUGCGCCUUCGCCUCUUUCGAGACAAGCCAUGUACAGUAGUUGCAGGUUGAAGCUCUAAGCUGCUUGGAAAUCGUUCGGAAGUCUGAUGGGACACUACUGAAGGGGAAGUAUCGUUUUUGUUGCUGUCAGUUCCUGUAAUCAUUUUCAACGAUUCGAUUUGGUUUUUAUCAUACAUCAAUAAAGUUUUACAUGGAUUAAAAGAAGAAGCUGGAUUUCAAAACUGUUUCCCUGGAUUGAGAUAUUGAUUUGUCGUAAUGGAUUUCUUUCAUUUUCGAUGUAAUAUCUCUGUUCUGAUCGAAUAACUGGUAAAGUGGGGAAAAUCCUGCUGCAAGUAAAACUUUCUGAUCACUGGACUUCUCGUCGAGGGAUGCCAGUUGACAGAUCAGCAGAAAUGGAGGACAAACUGCGAAUCCUGGAGGAUCUCAAUAUGAUGUACAUCCGGCAGAUCGCCCUGAGUUUACAGGACAGCGACAUCCAGAAGAAGAUCGACUAUGAGAUCCGCAUGCGGGACGGGGCCUGCAAGCUGCUGGCGGCCUGCUCGCAGCGGGACCAGGCCCUGGAGGCCGCCAAGAGCCUGCUGACCUGCAACGCCCGCAUCAUGGCCUACAUGUCCGAGCUGCAGAGGAUGAAGGAGGCGCAGGUCAUGCAGAGGGUGGCACGGAGGUCGUCAGACGCUGGGCCCAUGGACGACCGACUCCCCUGCAAGGCCAAAGUGGCUAUUUCAGACCUGCGCAUCCCUCUCAUGUGGAAGGACACGGAGUACUUCAAGAACAAAGGAGAGCUGCACCGCUGUGCGGUGUUUUGCCUGCUCCAUCUCGGAGGGGAGAUUUACGACACGGACAUGGUGGUGGUGGACCGGACGCUCACGGACAUCUGCUUCGACAACACCAUCGUCUUUAGCGAGGCCGGCCCCGGGUUCGAGCUGAAGGUGGAGCUGUACAGCUGCUGCACGGAGGACGAGUUUUCGGGGGGCAGCACGCCGCGCAAGCUGGCCAGCAAGCUGAGCAGCUCCCUCGGGCGCUCGUCGGGGAAGAAGGUUCGCGCCGCCCUGGAGCCCGGCGGGGGCAGCCCCGUCACCAACGGCGGGGGCGCCACCCUGCUGCUGCCCGUGCCCUCUGUGCCGGGUCCGAAGUACCACCUCCUUGCACACGCGUCUCUGACUCUCACGCACGUCCAAGACAGCUUCCGCACACACGACCUCUCCAUCUCUGGAAAUGAAGAGUGCUCUUAUUGGCUGCCACUCUAUGGCAGCAUGUGCUGUCGCCUGGCAGCGCAGCCUCACUGUAUGACUCAGGAGAUGAUGUGCGGCUACCUGAAGGUGAAGCAGCUGGGAGGGGAGCCUCAGGGCUGGAAGAAGAUCUACGGUGUCCUGAAAGGGACAAACCUCUUCUGCUACCACAGACAAGAGGACGUGGAGGCCAAAGUGGAGCCUGUCUGCACCAUUGCCAUCAAUAAGGAGACGAGGAUCCGCUCCUCAGAGAAGGAACGUCACAGCAAAGCGCAGAGCAUCUCCAUCAGCAACCAGUACGGCGGGGAGGACGUGACGCACACCCUGAGCGCCGACAGCAAGGAGGACACGCAGCGCUGGAUGGAGGCCUUCUGGCAGCAGUUCUACGACAUGAGCCAGUGGAAGCAGUGCUGUGACGACCUAAUGAAAAUCGAUAUGCCGUUGCCACGGAAGCCUGCCAUCGUCAUGGCGAAGCAAGGCUCCCUCUACCACGAGAUGGUUAUUGACACCUCAGAUGACAUCAGCACCGUGACGGACAUCCUGACUCAGCGCAUGCAGGAGUUUGAGUUGAGGAGCAGGCUGGGGUCCACUCCCCCCUGGAUGGCCCUGUUCGAGGAGUCCCCCAACCGUCACCACCACCAUCGCCCGCCCCGCGCCCACUGCCGCACCCCGCACAGCCCCCUCAGCCCCCGCCUGGGCCUGCUCUCCUCAGACGCCAGCCUGACGUCGGAGAGCGACAGCCCCUGCAGCGCCAGCCCCUGCUCCCGCCGCGGCUGGGGCGACACCCCCUCCCGCUUCCGCCCGCGAACUCUCUCGCUGGACGCCAAGCUCACCGGCCUGCGGGGGAGGAGGUACGGGGGGCUGCCCUGCGCCUGCCAGGCCCCGCCCUCCGUCUCCGCCUCGGUCUCCGCCUCUCCCGCCUCCACCUCCUCCUCCUCCUCCUCCCGACCCCCCCAGAAGGGCCUGUCCUGCUCUAGCUCCACCUCCAGCAACAGCUCCAGCGAGGGCAGCAGCACCCCGGAGUCCGACGGCAGCCCCUUCUCCCGCCCCAGCCCGGCCCGCCGCAGCAUGAGGAACCUGCGCGCCAAGCUAGACCCCCGAAACUGGCUGCAGAGUCAGGUAUAGGCCCCCCUCUCCCUCCAUCCCUACUCCAGCCCACCUUGUGCUUGACUGGAGCCUUCUGGAAAGAAUGAUUCUCCUGGCAGCAGAUGAUCCACAGCUAAAACAGGACCCCCAUGUGACACAGCCUCCUUCCCUCUGUGCGUGAUAUGGACCAUGGACUGUCUCUCUCUUUCUCCCUCCCUGGUGUGGAGCCAGGCCCAGAAGGAGCAUUUUAGCAGUCACCUUAAUCUUUUAGUGUCUUCAUCCCGAAUUUCUGAUCAUACUGAUUGUUUUACGCCGGUGUAAAAUUAAAAAAUCUGUGUCGUCAGAGCACAAACUAGAUGAAUCCUCUUCUGUAUAGCACGGUUAUUCAAGCAGUAUUAAGCUGUCAACAAGAAAGUGGUUUCAAAGUCAUUAAAAAAUCUGGGAUUGAUCCACACCCCAUCCUCUGAGAUACCUCCUGCAUUCAAUAAUUUAAUCAGAAUUUCAGAAGGAAGAGGAACUGUCCCUCCUAUGUGCAAUGAACUAAAACAUGGCCGACCUCCACAGCGGUGGGAUUGGCUGACUCAACAGUUCACCACAGGGCCUGAGGUGUGAUUAAAUGACUCAACAGUUUACCACACAGCCUGAGCACCUCGUCUCAUCAUGGAUACUUUCACAGUUUCACAGCCUUGACUCUCAAACUGUGUGCGUUCCACUGUUAAGCAUGGUUUCUUUAAUAAGAAAAAUAGAAGAAGUGUUACAAAUCGGUACCAGGGCACACACUGUGCCUGUUGAGCUCACACUGCUAAUGCAAAGCUGGUAUGUGCAGAAUGGAACAGAGGGAACUCCUUGAUUCAGAGCAAUGCAUCAUGAACCAAUGUGAAAUUAAAUGACUUGUGAAUGUGAUUUAUGGGCAAUGUUGAUCUGAGGCUACUGUAAUUUAACAGAGUUAUCAGGGCACUCCCAAAUUCACACUUUGAGGUCAUGUUUUUGAUGCGCAAGGUCAUUCCAGAAAAGAGCUGAUUGGUCGAGCCUGCCCUGGUGGAAAUUCUAGGUACCAGCCUAAGAUAGAAUCUAGCUGGAACCAGCUUCUGCUUCCACUGGAAACCAUCUGGAAUUUGGUGAUGGCCUGGUGUCUGUACCAAGCUGACCCACCAGCUGGACAAUGACGUGCCAGCAUGGUUGCCAUCUCAAGCAUCUUGUUGCCAACUCGAGCAUCUCCAAACAAGCAGGACCAGCUUCAGAUAAGCUGGAUCAGCUUUAAACCCAACUGGAACCAAGCUGAAAUUUCCACCAGGGUGUAAGGCAACCAAAUAUGUACAAAUAUGCACCAUUAACUCCAGUUCGAGGGCUGUGAGAAAAGCUGCUGUUUUACUAUUUCUCACUCUUUACUCCACUGCUACACUUGUCCCGCUCCUGUCCAGCUUUCAAGAAGCAAGAUGACAAACACUAAGCAUUGCUUCUGUUAGUGCAAGGCUCUUUCUGCUCCUCACACAAUGUAUUAUGUGAAAUUCUAAAGCCAUUUACAAUCCCUGGGAAUUUUCAGCUGGAAGGGGAAAGAAGAUUCUAGCCUUUUAAUAUGAUAUUAAGCAUUGGCACAUACCAGUUGCUACUGUGGUAACCUCAAGGAUGCACUAUAUUGAAGUUUACAGUGAAUAUUUAUCAGCAAGAUAAAUAGGGAGACUAAUACUGUUGCAUUCUCUACUUUACCUCACAAUAUCAUUUUAAGCAAUCACACACAAAAAUUAACUGUAAAAUAUCUGCAUUAUUAGUAAGCUAUUAUACAGCAGUAGCACAUUAAACCUGAAACAAUGAAUGCAGUCAGGUUAUUUCAGCUGUUAAGAGUUUGGACUUGGCUAGGCCCCAACAGUCUUAAAGAGAACCUGAAAAAAAAACACUGAAAAAAAACAUUAACAGGAGCAUUGCCAAUUCCUGGUGUCCACUGAUUUGAUUUGAAGCCCAGGCAUUCUGUUGAAUGAAAGUACAUCAAAGUAAAUGAACAACCGUGAAAACCACACCUCUGCACACCAAGGACAGUCAGCGUCCCUCCAAAAAGGGAGACUAUUGAGCCAUUAGGCCUGUCUCUGUUGCUCUGUAGUGUUUCUAAACUGUAUAAAGCAUGUGCAGCUGGUAUAAAACAAAUUACAAUAAAAAAUGUAUGACAAAAAAGUUGGAUUUUGGAAUCAAAUUAGGGAUAGAUUUCAUUGCAGGUUCCCUGCAUGUUAAUGUCAUUUUCCAGUUAAGAUUCCCUUAAGACACGUGCUGACCUUCACACCAUGGAAUCAGAUAUGUAAAAGCUUUCUUGGAUUCCAAUGAUUCUGCAGGAAGGUUUUGUUCCUGUCUGGGUGUGAUUCAAAGGUUAUUUCCAACUAUUUUCAGAACAAUAGCUCAAGAAUCAAGGGGAAGAAAUUUGACCGAUCAGGAUUCAGUGCAUGCAGUGUGCAAGUGCCUGGAGACUUGGACAGCCAUUUUGACUUGUGUUAUGAAAGAAAAAUGAUCCCCUUUCAAGGCAAUGGGUCUCCUGACAAAUGGGGAUUUUUCACAUUAUACAUUUAUGAGUGGGCUUUGCAUUUGUUAAACAUCCCUUGGUAUGUAUCUCUAAGUGGUUCUUUUGCCUAUUAGUUCAGAUAAGAUUUAUUCAUAGAAUUUACUGAAACCAGGGAGAAGUUAAAUCGCUAUAUAGUGUAUACUAUUUUAAAUAAAUCUAUACAUUAAUAGUAUAAACUGUAACCAGUAGUUGUAUUUUUGUAUUUACUGUAUAUACUGAAAAGCCUUGCCCCUCUCAAGAACCAUUGAUCAGGUAUUUUAGCUUUGUCCUCAGUAUUGAUGAGGGAGGCAAGAUCUAAUGUCCCUCUCCUCUGCAGACAGUACGGUGAAGCCUAGUGUCCCAUGUCUCUGCAUAACAAUGACUGUAAAACUACGCCGCUGUGUCUCCGGCGUCAACCAGAGCUCUGUUCACUUUACUAAAGGUAGAUCUGAAAUGCUUAAAAGCAACAUUUGUGACUGUAAAGUUUUGUAAUUUAACUUUUUUCUUCUUUUUUGAGAUUAAAUGUAUUUUGCAUUAUUGAUUUUUGUUAUAAAUAUGACUAUAUUGAUAUAUAAUUUUAAAAGAAUACCAGUCUAACUGUAAAGAUGGUUACUCUUGAAAUGGGAGGUCUGUGGCUGCAAUCUGUCUGCAUGUGCAGCUACAUAGGGGGAGAUGAGUGUAACAAGGAAUAUUUAACUCAUUUUAAAGUUUGACAUAAAGACAAAAAUAAAUACUUUAUCAAUUUGGAAA